GGUGGUUCUACACAGCGCACAAUAGGAGGGAUUUCAGGUGACACAGGAAGCAAAGUGAGCCUUGUGGGCUUUCAACUUCCGGCGCUGGAAGUGCGAACUCACCCGGCCUGUGAAAGGAAAUAAACAUGGCGUCUGUAUGGGAUGAGACCGAGCAAGAUGGGGUGGGAGAAGAGGUGCUUAAGAUGUCUACGGAGGAGAUAAUUCAGAGAACACGGCUGCUGGACAGUGAAAUCAAGAUCAUGAAAAGUGAGGUCUUGAGGGUGACACAUGAACUACAAGCAAUGAAAGAUAAAAUCAAAGAAAACAGCGAGAAGAUUAAAGUGAACAAAACUCUCCCGUACCUAGUAUCAAACGUUAUUGAGCUCCUUGAUGUGGAUCCUAAUGACCAGGAGGAAGAUGGUGCGAAUAUUGAUUUAGACUCUCAGAGGAAAGGAAAGUGUGCUGUUAUCAAAACCUCUACGCGGCAGACCUACUUCCUGCCAGUCAUUGGUUUGGUUGAUGCAGAGAAACUGAAGCCCGGCGAUCUUGUGGGAGUGAAUAAGGAUUCCUACCUUAUCUUGGAGACUCUUCCAACAGAAUAUGAUUCCAGAGUAAAGGCCAUGGAAGUGGAUGAAAGGCCUACUGAACAAUAUAGUGACAUUGGAGGGCUGGAUAAACAGAUCCAGGAGCUUGUUGAGGCCAUUGUGCUGCCUAUGAACCACAAGGAAAAAUUUGAAAACUUGGGAAUUCAGCCUCCUAAAGGUGUCCUCAUGUAUGGCCCACCUGGAACUGGCAAAACUCUUCUGGCCAGAGCUUGCGCUGCACAGACUAAGGCUACCUUCCUGAAGCUUGCUGGUCCACAGCUGGUCCAAAUGUUUAUUGGGGAUGGAGCCAAAUUAGUUCGAGAUGCCUUUGCAUUGGCCAAAGAGAAAGCUCCCUCUAUCAUUUUUAUUGAUGAAUUGGAUGCUAUUGGCACCAAAAGGUUUGACAGUGAGAAGGCAGGCGACAGGGAAGUGCAGAGGACAAUGUUGGAACUUCUAAAUCAAUUAGAUGGUUUUCAGCCCAACACACAAGUCAAGGUAAUUGCUGCUACAAACCGUGUUGACAUCCUAGAUCCUGCAUUGCUUCGUUCUGGUAGACUGGAUCGAAAAAUAGAAUUUCCAAUGCCAAAUGAAGAGGCUCGAGCCAGAAUCAUGCAGAUUCACUCACGCAAAAUGAAUGUCAGCCCAGAUGUUAACUACGAAGAGCUAGCACGUUGUACAGAUGACUUUAAUGGUGCUCAGUGUAAAGCAGUGUGUGUGGAAGCUGGGAUGAUUGCACUGCGCAGAGGAGCCACAGAGCUUACACAUGAAGAUUAUAUGGAAGGAAUCUUAGAAGUCCAGGCUAAGAAGAAAGCAAACUUGCAAUAUUAUGCAUAGACCACAGAUGCAGAGCGGACUUUUGUGUUGCCUGUGGUUAUGUUGCUAAUUGGCCGUUUUAUGAAGAAUCCUAAAGCCAAGAAACCUUUUCAUUUUGGUUGGGGUCUUUAGUACAUAUGUAGAGUCCCUAAAUGGAUACAGUACACAAGUUUGCAGAUUUUUAUACAACUAGGAAGUAAUGUUCCUAUUUAAUAAGAUAUAUUUGUGUUUGUCCACAUCUCCUUUCAAAUAAAUUGCGCUCCUUAAACUGUAAAUUUACCAUCUCUAUUAGUUUACAUAUAUCUCUGAUGAAGCGCAUGUGCCCAUGCGCGAAACGCGUUAGGAGCUUACCCUGUGUCUUAUUGAAGCCUGCUCCUAAUAAACUCUGUUAACUUAC